AUGAUAGGAAGAAACACCUCUGAUCUACCCCCAGGUUUCAGAUUCCAUCCAACAGACGAGGAGCUCAUCGUUUACUAUCUCCGGAACCAGGCCACGUCGCGCCCCUGCCCGUCUUCGAUCAUCCCUGAAGUCGAUAUCUACAAAUACGACCCCUGGCAGCUCCCCGACAAGACAGAAUUUGGCGAGAACGAAUGGUAUUUCUUCAGUCCUCGUGACCGAAAAUAUCCUAAUGGGGUGCGCCCAAACCGGGCAGCUGUUUCCGGGUACUGGAAAGCCACCGGCACAGACAAAGCCAUCUACAGCAGAUCAAAGUAUGUAGGUGUGAAAAAGGCCCUUGUUUUCUACAUGGGAAGGCCCCCCAAGGGGGUCAAGACCGAUUGGAUCAUGCACGAAUAUCGUUUAAGCGAAUCGACCGGGCAUCCCAACAAGCAAAAUGCCUCCUCCAUGAGGUUAGAUGAUUGGGUGCUGUGUAGAAUCUACAAGAAAAAGAAUGUGACGAAAUCUACCGAUCAAACAGUCGAACCUCCAUUUGCUCAAAUUGCAAAAACUGCUACCGAUGCUAGCGAACACCAGGCCUACAUGUUCCCAAAAACUUGUUCGCUGACGAAUCUGUGGGAGUUGGACUACAUGGCCACAAUGUCCCAAAUUAUGCAAGGAAACGCCUGCAAUAUGUCGUUCAACAAUCAAGAAACAACAAACAACAACACAUCAUCAACCGGGAAGUAUAAUCAUCCAGGGCAAGAGCAGAUACCGUACACAGAUGACACAAAGUUUCAAGUGAGCCAGGCAAUAUUCAUGAACCCCAUGUAUGAAUGAAUGAAUUGCUGGAAGAAAAGAGCAAGUUGGGGAUGAAGAACAAAGGCAGCAAGUGUACAAAAGAUUGGCAAAAGCUGUCAUUGUCGACUCGGAAAAAUCUUGCAAUCCUUAUCAGAAAUGCUUGUAGGAAAGUCCAUGUUCUGAUUUAAAUAUUAGGCUGCAGAAUUUUCUGAUCUAAAAGUGUGUGAUUAGGUCACAGAUGAACCUUAAUCUACUUGUAGAAUAUCUCUGCUAUUUGUUUUUGAAAUGAUAUAAAAGAUUCCUAUCGUUCCAACUAAA